AUGUGUGGUCGAUAUGCCCUCGGCGUACGAAUGAGCUUCGUCCGGCGCCGCAUGCAAGAGCAAGGAAUGCCCGUGGAUGAGGCUCCCGACGACUCCGAAAUCAGAGAAACAUACAACUUUGCCCCGGGAAACACUGGCGCAGUCUAUCGCGUCGACGAUCCACCGCAACACAAGGACAACGAGCAGGAGGCCACAGACACAGUAACCGAAGCACCAGAGCCAGAGAUCACGAAGGGCGAGGCCUCUAAGACUCAAUACAAGCUCCAGGCCAUGAAAUGGGGCCUUGUUCCCUUUUGGACAAAGCGACAACCCGACUACGGAUCGCUCAUGCGAACAAUCAAUUGCCGUGAUGACUCGCUGAUUGAGGAUCGCGGGAUGUGGACAAGUAUGAAGCGGAAGAAGCGCUGCGUUGUGGUGUGCCAGGGGUACUACGAGUGGCUGAAGCGGGGCCCUGGGGGUAAGGAGAGGAUUCCGCAUUAUACGAGACGCAAGGAUAGUGACUUGAUGUUCCUUGCGGGGCUUUGGGACUGUGUGUCUUAUGAAGGCUCUGAGGAGAAGCUCUACACUUUUACUGUUAUUACGACCUCGGCAAGGUCGUCGCUCAGCUGGCUUCAUGAUCGGAUGCCUGUGAUUCUGGAGCCAAAUAGUGAGGCUUGGAAUGCAUGGUUGGAUCCGAAGCGUACGACAUGGUCCAAGGAGCUACAGGCUGCGUUGAAGCCAUACGAGGGUGACUUGGACUGCUAUCAGGUCUCGAAAGAGGUGGGCAAGGUCGGCAACAACUCACCCGACUUUAUAGUGCCUGUCGACAGCAAAGAGAACAAGAGCAAUAUCGCUAAUUUCUUCGGAAAUGCGAAGAAGAAGACGGAGCCGGAAGUGAAAUCUGAACCGGUCAAGAGCACAGCUGAAGAUACUGCCGCAAAGGGCGAGCAUGGCUCCUCACAACCGGCGUCUGGGGUUAAGAGAGAGCACCCAGAUAGCCAAGAGGUGAUAGAAGAGGAUACUAAGAAGCAGAAGACGCACGAAUCACCCAAAUCUUCACCGGAGAAGCCUUCGCCACAGAUCCCGACACCAAAGCAGAAACAAAUGCGCAGCGCAACACACAACCGGAAGACGCCGAAGAAGGUCACUGGAAAGAAGGCAAGUGACGGUACCCAAAGAAUAACAAACUUCUUCUCGAAAUAG